GCUGUUAUCACAGUCUAGUAGGUGCCAGGUGGUGUUCAGACGUCCACAGCUCCAGCAGAAAGAGAAGGGUAACAUGGGAUUUAACAGAGGGAUUUCAGCGCUGGUUUUACUGCUGACGUUUCUCUGGGCGAUUGGCUCACAGACACUUGCAUGCCAGACCCCAGAGCUGAAGUGUGACUUUGUUUGUGACUGUACAGACUGCAGCGAUGAAAACGGCUGUGGCUACAGAGGGAUGGACUUUGUGUGUGACUUUGAGGACCCAGAUGUGUGUGGCUGGCAGGACCAGUCCUUGGAGAAGGCCUACUCCUGGGAGAGGCGUCAGAGAGGGGACACACUGCCAGACAGCGGACCCUCCUCAGACUUCACCAUUGGGACAGCCACCGGUUGGUUUAUGGGAGUGACCGAAGUGAAGGCACAUUCUCCCAGCACUGCAGUGAUGGCAUCUCCAAUGAUGAAACAGUCUUCUCCCUCAUGCCGAAUGCACCUCAGAUACUUCCUCUGGGACGCAGGGUUCACAGGAAUGGGGCCUGCCCCACUGUGGGCAUCUGUGUAUAGGGAGGACAGCACCCUGCAGGCAGUGGUGUGGCGUCCUGAGAGCACCAGCGUGCGUGGCUGGAGGGAGGCAACCGUCUUCCUGGGACGCAUCCCCACUACCUUCCAGAUCCGCCUCCACUCCCAACGCACCGAGGGGCGCCGCGGAGACGUGGCUAUAGACCAGCUGCAGUUCUUCGACUGUGCCCUGCCUUUGCCAGUCCCAGGGGAGUCGUGUGCUGCAGGGUUACUGCAGUGUAACAGGGAGGGCUGUGUGGAGCAGCGUCAGGUCUGUGACGGCACUGAUGACUGUGGUGACAAAACUGAUGAGCAGAAUUGUGGAGGCUACUGGGGCUGUGACUUUGAGGAAGGAGUGUGUAACUGGGACCUGAGGACUGUCUCCACUAGUCUGAAGUGGACAAGGACCAGUCAGGCCAAUAUCUCCACGACAGACCCUUUUAAAGGACCUGGUAGAGACCAUUCCGACAAUACUGCAUCGGGUCACUUCCUGUAUGUCACUGUACCUGAAGGCGGGCUCAAAUCUGAUUGGACAUCCUUUCAAAGCCCUUUACUGGAACCAACCAAUAGUACACAUCCUUGCAAGAUGGUGAUGUACAGCCACCAGUUUGGGCCAAGGUCUGGAGGCCUGUCUGUGCUGGUGGCAGACACUGAGAUCUACCCGGUGUGGCAGAGGGGGGGUGCCCUAGGGGACCUCUGGGUCAAGGCUGAGGUGGAGAUCAUUAGCAACACCACCUUCCAACUUGUGUUUGUGGCUGCGAUCCGAGACAAGGAGUAUGGAGGGGUUGCUAUAGAUAGCAUUAUGAUGUCUCCUAACUGCCGUCUCUCUAAAGGAAAUUUCACAUUAGCAAAUUUCCCCAAACCUCCUGGGCAUCCUUGCACUAGCGAUACCAGUAAGAUCUGUGACUUUCGAGAAGACUGUGCGGAUAAAGAUGACGAGGCCAAGUGCGGGGACUUCUCCUAUGAGAAGGGCAGCUCUGGAUGGACAGACAGCAGCAUUGGAAGCCAGCAGUGGGUGCUGAAUGACACCCCCAAAGACAAGUACCUGUUUUUAGCUAAAGCCCCAGGGCAGCAGUUAACUGAGGCCCAGACACGCACCCCUCUCCUGGGCCCCUCGGGGCCAGCCUGCACCCUCAACUUCUCCUACUCCUUGACCAGCAAGAGCAAUCACACCGGUGAGCUGUCCAUCCGGGUGAUUGACAGUCUGUUGGGCAUUCUGCCCAGGCUGUGGGAGUUCAGUGGGAAAACAGGAUCUGUAGAGGGGGUGUACCAGCAGGCGCAGGUGUACAUCGGAGCCAGGGAUCACCGCUUCCAGAUUGAAUUUGUGGCUCGUGCUAGGAAGUUGUGCCCAUGUGCCAGAAUAUUUGUGAAGGAUGUUCGUUUCAUCAACUGUCACGCUCAGUAUUUCCCAUCCUCUCCCACAGCUCUGUCAUGUAACUUCGAAGAGGGACUGUGUGGCUGGUACCAGGAUCAAACGGACAACUUUGACUGGAGCCUGCUCACAGGGAUGGACCAUUCCAUUGGCGUCGGUAAAAGCCUUGCUGUAGACGUAUGGAGCCCCUUGUUACGGGGUGUGUCUGGCCGUCUGUUAUCGUACCGUCAGCCAGGCACCCCCGGACAUCACUGCCUGUCCUUCUAUUAUAAGCUCUACGGGCCUGAGACAGGUGCACUCAGUGUUAAGUUGCGUGAUGCCUACGGCGGUGAGAGUCUGCUAUGGAGCCGCAGCGGUGCCCAUGGCAACUUCUGGCAUGAGGGACACUGUCCAGUAUCUGAGCAGCUAACUAGCUUCCAGCUGAUAUUUGAAGCAGUGCGCUCCGGCUUUGACGGGCGGGUUGCACUAGAUGACGUGGCGUUUGUGAACGGCCCAUGCACCGUGCCCAAUAAGUGCUCCUUUGAAGGCCAGCAAUGCGGCUACACCAGCACUGGCACUGCCAGCUGGCUCCACACUAACUGGCAGUCCUCCAACACUGGGCCAAAAACAGACCACACACUGGAGACAGUGAUUGGGUACUACAUGAUGGCAGACAGUGAUGUGGAGAUCCUACCACAGGGCAGUGUGGCCACCCUUACAUCCCCUGUGCGAGUAGGCGUGGCACAAACAGAGUGUGUUCACUUCUGGUACCACAUGGGGGGAGAGAAUCCUGGUUUGCUGACUGUGUACAUGAAGCCAGUGAAAGGAGAUAGGGUGAAGAUCUUCUCCAACAACCUGGACCAGGGAGAUGUCUGGCGCCAAGGCAACGGCAACAUCAGCAGCACCAUCACAGACUGGCAGUUGGAGUUUGAGGUGCAGGGAGCGGGUGGCAAAGGCACUCAUGUCUCAGUUGAUGACAUAAUUUUCUCAAGCCAUCCUUGUCAAACACUUGGUACUAAGUGUGACCUGGAGAUAGGAAUGUGUGACUGGACCAACACUCAGAACCCUGAGCUAGACCAGUUGGACUGGGAGCUGACCAGUGCUGAGGCAGAGACCCACUACCCCACCCCAUCCCAUGACCACACCCUUGGGACAGAGAGAGGUCACUUCCUGUUCCUCCCCAGUAGCACCAGGGACACAGCCAAAUACAAGGCCUGGUUGCUGAGUCCUCAUCUGCCCUCCACCAUGGGCACCUGCCUGCGCUUCUGGGUGUACAAACCAGUCUCCCAUGGUAGUCAUCUGAAGGUGUGUAGGCAGUCUGAAGGGAACCUGGAACAAAUGUUGAGUGUGGAAGAGGUGGGAGCAGUUUGGUCACGCUUCAAUGUUGACAUCACUUCUGCUGAAGAGUAUCAGAUUAUAUUUGAGGGUUUCAAAGGAUACGCUGGAGUCUUGGCCCUGGAUGACAUUGACUAUGACAUAGGAUUCAACUGUGCCGGUGAAGCAAAAGACCCACAAACAACCACACCAGAACCAGACAACGCAGGAGGUAUUGCUGCUUCCAUCAUCGUGGUACUGCUGCUGCUGGCCACUCUGGGAGUGUUGCUGUACUACUACCUGCGCACCCAGGACAAAACAAAGGCAAUGACUGGCGGAGCUGUGGAACAAUCAGCUUCUCCUUCCGUUAUCGAAGGCAUUGCCAAUGACAUGUAUGACCCACACCCCACACAGGACCGAAUGACCGUGUCUCCAGUUCCGGCACAACCCAUGGCGGGGGACUUCACUAAUGAAGUACGCUUCUCUGAUUCCUCAGAAUUAGUGAGGAAGGAGAUGGUGUAGAAGGGGAGACUCUGCUGCCUAGUGGCGGCUUUGUGAAAUGAAGGCGAUAUCACAGCAGAAGAACUGCUUGUGUCGUCUUGCACCUGACACACACACACACACACACACACACACACACACACACACACACACACACACACCUGGAUAUCAGGAUAGCAUUGACUUGCUAACUUUGAGUGAAUGGCUAUAGCAUCCACUGCACACCUUCACAAACCCUACACACAAACACACUCACUCUCAUCCAUGUACCAUUGCAAUCAAUGAAACAGCUGCAGAUUUGACUGACUGGGUCCUGAAGUCUGGGACUUCUGCUGGUGGACUGUCAGGAUAGUUGGAGUUCAAUGAGAUGAGAUGGCUCACUGUAUGCAGUUCUAGCUGCCAAAGCAUGAAAUUGCCCCUUCGGUCCUCAGAGACAAGACAGACACUGCUCUGCUGUGGUAAUUCUACUAAUAAUGAGUUAGAUGAAGUAGAAAUGAAGAACACUGACAAAAAUGUCUGUCGCAGAAUCCUAUCUGUUGGCUACAGUGCUAAAUUGUACUUAUAGCUUAUUGAUAUGAGAGCCAUGCUAUAUAGCUGUUUAUAAACACUGUCAUAGAAGACAGCUGAUUCAACUUCAAGUAAGAGAGACAAAGACGGAGAGAGGGAUGUGAUGCCUUAUAUUAGAAUCUGCGAAAGAGAGGUGCCUUGUUGCAAUUUGCUUCCAAAUACAGUGCUGAUGUUCUGGGGCAAAUAAAAGACUAAAAGGAAAAUAUAAUGAUGAGCAUGUAUUUCCAAGCAAAAGGCUAUUGAAAUGUAGCUUAGUUGUAUGUUUUGUGAUGAUGAAUAGUACUAAUUUAAAACAGAAUGUCAUGCACCAUAUUGCUUCAGUUCAGUUUUACAAUAAAUAUCAUCAUUCAUUUGA